AUGAACGGUGUUCAGGAUUCGGCUUCGGCUGCGGCCUCGUCCCAGUCCGCGCAGAGGCAGGUGCGUGUGCAGCUCAUUAGCAAGCAAGAAGAUAUUGCGCUGCCUGAGAAUACCGGCCCCAUCUUGGUUCCCACUGGCUUGCGGAGAUAUGCGCUUUCCACCUUAGUGAACAAUCUCUUGGCCAACGACAAGCCGGUGCCAUUCGAGUUUCUGAUCAACGGCGCAUUCCUUCGAACUUCGAUCGAUGAAUACUUGACGGCUAAUGGCAUAUCUGCGGAAACCACUCUGGAGAUUGAAUACAUCAGGGCGUUGAUUCCCCCGUUGCACAUUGCCUCGUUCGAGCAUGAUGACUGGGUCAGCUCGGUGGAUGUUCUCUCUGCGACCUCGCCUGCCGCGUCGUGGGCUUCUGCGAUUGUUUCUCCAGGUCAGGAAAGGAUUCUUUCGGCAAGCUAUGAUGGUCUGCUUCGUGUCUGGAAUAUGUCGUCUCAGAUUGUCGCAACUUCGCCCUCUCCGGCCGAUGGAGGGCACAGUGCAUCCAUCAAAGCUGCUAAGUUUGUCUCGCCGAGCUCGAUCGUAUCAGCGGGCAUGGAUCGCACCGUACGACUGUGGAAAUAUACCGAGAGCGAGGAUGGAUUUUCUGGAAAGAUCUCUCCCCAGAUCGAGCUGUAUGGGCACAAAUCCGCUAUCAACUCAUUGGCUGUGCAUGCACCCUCGAACCGUAUUCUAUCUGCGUCGUCCGACCACAGCGUAGGUUUCUGGUCGACAAAGAAGUCAGAUGCCCCCGCUGCUCCUGAGAACCUACUUCCGUCUGCCGCGUCACGAAGCUCCAAGCGGAGAAAGCUGAGCACGUCUGUCAGCAUCCCGCAACGCGGUCCGCUUGCGCUGCUGUCGUCCCAUACUGCCCCGGUGUCGGCUGUGAUUUUUGACACGAAUGACUCGACUGUUGGUUACUCUACUUCUUGGGAUCACUCCCUACGUACAUGGGACCUGGUCACUGCCGCCUUAGUGGACACCAGAACAACAUCUCAUUCGUUGCUAUCUCUUGAGCAUCUCCCCGAACAUCACCUCCUCGCGACAGGAACUUCCGCUCGUCACAUCACCCUCAUCGAUCCUCGUACAUCAGCGACGACUAUCUCUGCCAUGACCCUGAGAGGCCACACCAAUGCCGUGGUUUCCCUGUCCCGCGAUCCUAAUAGCAGCUACGGCCUCAUCAGUGGUAGUCACGACGGCACGUGUCGGAUCUGGGAUAUCCGGGCUACCAAAACGGAUAAAGACGGCGUGGUUGGUGAGAGUGUGUACUCGAUUACCCGGAAGAGUCUGGAAGAGCAGGGCAAAGCGGACGUCAAGCGUGUGGGCGGAGAAGGAGUCAAGGUCUUCGGCGUGUGCUGGGACCGUUCGGUUGGUAUUGUCAGUGCCGGUGAGGAUAAGAGGAUUCAGAUCAACCGAGGAGAAGGCGUGUUGUCUUCCGCAUGAGAGGAGUUGCACAUACGGUUCUGGCGUUAUGAAAAGUUUGGUUCUGGCUUUCGUUGAACAAGCCACUUGUAUGAGCUGGUGUUUCCCAUUUUUCCUGCAAUAUAUUAUUAAUUGCUUUAAAACCAAGUAACACGGCAUUAUUAUAUCUCUUCAGUCAGAUGUCUCAUUGUCUACAUAAAGUACAUCUCGGGGAAAGAGAUUAUC